CAUAAAGAAGUCAGUGAAAGGUGGAGGAGGAAGUGUCAUGGUGGUUUGAGGGAUGUUUGGGCCACUUUUACAGCUACGUGGCAGGAGAAUGCAAAUAUUCAUCAGAACUUGCUUCAGCAACAUGCAGUUCCUUCCCUGCAAGCAUCUUCCGAUCAGCCUGCAGUUUACAUGCAGGACAAUCCUCCCGUCACACUACAAAACGGGACAUACCCCCGGCCUCAUGAAUAUGUAAAUGUCUCUGAUCUCCCUGCCUCCUGGGACUGGCGCAACAUUGAUGGCAAAAACUAUGUGAGCGUCACACGCAAUCAACACAUCCCACAGAACUGCGGCUCCUGCUGGGCCCAUGGACUCCACCAGCGCACUCGCAGUUCAGACUCAGGACAAUACAGUAGAGUAAAGCGUAAUAGAGUACAGAAAAUUCAGCUCAAACACAUAGAUUUUUCUGUCUUAAAUUCAGAUCGCAUCAACAUCAAGAGGAAAGGGGCGUGGCCUUCUGCUUACCUGUCAGUGCAGAAUGUGAUUGACUGUGGCGGGGUGGGCUCAUGCUACGGUGGAGAUCACAUGGGCGUAUAUGCUUAUGCACAUGAGCGGGGCAUUCCUGACGAGACCUGCAAUAAUUAUCAGGCCCGAAAUCAAAAAUGUGACUCCUUUAAUCAGUGUGGCACAUGCUCGUUCUUCGGCUCCUGCUCGAUAAUUAAAAACUACACCGUGUGGAAAGUUGGAGAUUAUAGAGACGUCUCAGGAUGAGACCGAAUGAAGGCUGAGAUUUACAAAAAUGGGCCAAUCAGGCAGGUUCUUCAGCCCAUAUUUUGAGUUAGAUAUAAAUUUAAAAAGUAAGCCACAACUCUCCUACUGUUGGGCGUCAAUGGCAGCAAAAUCAAUAUGAUGCAAAUGAUAAAAGUAUUUGGCUAUAGUUCAUGAACAGUUUUUACAGCAGGGUUAUUAUAGUCAACUAAAACUAAAACCAUAAAAACAGUUACCUGACCAAAAAAAAAAAAAAAAAAAAAAAAAAAAAAAAAAGUAAAAAACAUUACAUCACCGAAUCACAUCAUCUCAGUGGCAGGAUGGGGCAUCACAGAGGACGGGACCGAAUACUGGAUCGUCAGAAACUCCUGGGGUGAGUUCUGGGUUAGUAGUGACAGCGUCCUUUGGGCUUUGGUCUGAUCUCUGCUUAGUUUUACCACUAUCAUAUG